AUGGACGGUUUUAACCAUUCUGUUGCAAAUUUGACAAGGUUACUGUAUGAUGAAUACAAUGAAAGGUCACUGAAAUCGCUCCCAUCAUUCGGCCUGUAUUUUGAACUUGUAUAUACUGAGGAAAAUCUCAUAAAAUACUUAAAUGUAGUUUACAAAGAAUUAAAUGAACUGAAUGGCAAGGUCUAUACUCCAUUAUCCUCAUUGGAUGAACUAAGGGAGUUCUCCAAAUCAAAUGGUAUGCAUCACCGUAAAAACAUAUUUUUCCUAGGAUUCCUGGAUCCAGAGUCGCUUGUGGAACUCCUUUCUGCCAGAAUGAAGGAAAGUAAACGCUUAGUCAGCCACCUGGUCUUAUACGGCUGUGACACUCCAUUCGAUGCGUGCGUAGUGGCGAAACUGAAUGAACUUAAGUUGAAGGACAUGGAAGAGUCACCCGGUCAGGAAACAAGCAAUAAAAAGAGGCAGUUGAGCGGAACUCAACUAAACGAAUCGCAACUAGGAGAGCUGAGGAAGAUGACAGAUGAGCUUUCGAAGGACUACUUCUCGAGGUGGCACGCAUACAUAGAUAGGUUCUAUAACCUGCUGGACGUGCUCUUCAAAGUAAAAAAGUUCAAGGAUUCGAAGGAACUGAGACUACUUCUGGAAACUAUGAAGGUCUGGAGAAAAAAUACGGAGUUUAGAGAAGUGACUUUGUACGAUUUAUACACGUAUAAGCCAGAUCACACGAACGUGACAAAAAUAUCAUCAAAGACAAACAAAUCGAACAGGGUGGUGGAGUUUUACGAUAAAAUUAAAACGGAAUUUAAAUAG